AUGUAGGCUGUCACCAACGAAGAAGAAUACUAGCGGAAGUGUAAAAAAGGGCAAAUAAAGCACUGGUCUAUUUGCGCCGCGUCAACUUUAAAAGAUUAAUUUUUAAAAGAACAUUUCAUUUCAUUUGUCACACUACCAAACCUUUCUUCGCCUCGGCCCCGACCCCUGCUACAAGAUGGUUAACCGGCAAACAAGUCUGUGGAUGGGUGAUUUGGAGCAAUACAUGGAUGAAAACUUCGUCAGGCAGGCCUUCCUUGCUAUGGGAGAGUCGCCGUCUGGAGUCAGAAUAAUUGCUCACAAGAUAACGGGCGGUUCUGCCGGAUACUGCUUUGUGGAGCUGGCAGAUGAAGCAAGUGUUGAUAGCUGCAUCCAAAAACUCAAUGGAAAAGGGAUUCCUGGAUCAAACCCGCCUAGGAAUUUUAAACUCAAUUUUGCCUCCCAUAACAAGCGCUCAGACGCAGGGCUUGAGUUCUCAGUGUUUGUGGGUGACUUGCCCUCUGACGCAAAUGACUACCAGCUCCACCAAAUCUUUAAGAAGUAUUCCUCCUGCAAGGGAGCCAAAGUGGUCACUGACCAGUAUGGCUACUCCAGAGGUUACGGCUUUGUCAAUUUUGGUGAGGAAAGUGAGCAGAAGAAGGCAAUCGAGGAGUGCCAGGGCACAACUCUUGGGGGGAAAGCACUCACUCUCAGCAUUGCUUUGGCCAAAAGCCAGAAGACACUAGACACCAGAAACCUGACUCAGAAUUACCAGAGCAAUUACAUCCAAACUCCAUACAGUGGUAUGGGGCAAGGUUACUACUCUCAGUGGGGCGGUUAUGGUCAGUACAGCGGCUACAACAAUGGCGGUUACAACGGGGGAUACAACUACAACUACGGGCCCUACGGAUACCCUCCACACAGCCACAUGAUGCCGCCGCCUCCUCCUCUGGGGAUGCCACCCACAUCUGCUGACAUGACAGGGGGUGUAGAGGUGAGCCAUGAAGACACAGGAGAUGGAAAUGGAGAGGGGGAGGAUGCAGAAGUGGCAGUGGAAGAAUGUGAUGUGGAGCAGUGGAACAAAGACUUUAUGCAGCGUAGUGAAGAGCUCUACAACGCCAUGAUGGACUGUCACUGGGAACCACUGGACUCUUUUGACUCCGCCAUACCACUCUUAAGUUGAUCAAUUCACUUCCUCAUUGGCAGUUAAGUCUGAGAGAACUCUCCUCACCACCUUGCUACUCAAGUUCAGUCAACAGCAAACAUUGUUUUGAAAUGAAAUGAUUACCGUAUAUUACCAAAUAGUAGCCCGGCUGUUUUGUUUCACAAAAUCGAUUUUGGAGACAGGCGUUUAAAAGAAGCAGGCUGCUUUUAUUUAUUUUUGCACCAGGCCAUUAUUUGGUUACAAUGGUUACUGUCCAGUAUUUUUUUUUCGUACAAAAAACUUUAAAUGUAAAAGCUAUUGUAAACAUACAAAGAAGAGAUCAACAUGAGGUAGGCUAUCAAAAGACAAGAGAUCAACAUGGCAGUAGUGCAACAAUUGUCAAAUAGAAUACCAAUACUAAAAAUAAACUUUUUAAAUAAAGCAGCCUACCGGGAAAAAUUAAAUUAUGAUACCAAGUACUCAAGUAUAAAGCCCACCAUCAAAACAGAACAAUAAUACUGUCACUUAAAUAAAAUAAAGGCUACAGUACUUCAAGUUUUAAAUAAAGCAGCAUACAGGAAAAAUAAAAUGAUGGUACCAAGUACUCUAUAAAACCAUCAAAACAAUAAUACUGCAACCCCAGUAGCAUUUUAAUCUAAAUUAUGCAAAUAACAGCCCAUGGGCAGCUAUUAGGACAUGGGUGGUUAUUAGGAAGAGGCGGUUAAUUCACAAAAUGGGGUCAGCGGCUAUUAGGACAUGGGCGGUUAUUUGCCCAAGGGCGUUUAUUUGGUAAUAUACGGUAUUCAAUCUAAUGGGGGGGUGUUUUUAACUUGGGUUGCUCCAAACACCACUCGCAUGUGUGGACACUUUCCAAACACCACUCGCAUGUGUGGACACUUUCUAAACACCACUAGCAUGUGUGGACACUUUCUAAAGCAACCCUACAACGCCUAGAAAUAUGUCUAUAUAUACAUAUAUGUAUGUAUAUCAUGUGUAUAUAUAUAUAUGUAUAUAUAUAUAUAUAUAUAUAUAUAUAUAGUACAGGCCAAAAGUUUGGACACACCUCCUCAUUCAAUGUGUUUUCUUUUUUUUCAUGACUAUUUACAUUGUAGAUUGUCACAUCACAACUAUGAAUGAACACAUGAGGAGUUAUGUACUUAACACAAAAAAAGGUGAAAUAACUGAAAACAUGAGGUAGUCACCUGAAAUAGUCUUCACUUCACAGGUGUGCUUGAAGCUCAUGGAGAGAAUGCCAAAAGUGUGCAAAGCAGUAAUCAGAGCAAAGGGUGGCUAUUUUGAAGAAACUAGAAUAUAAAACAUGUUUUCAGUUAUUUCACCUUCUUUUGUUAAGUACAUAACUCCACAUGUGUUCAUUCAUAGUUUUGAUGUGACAAUCUACAAUGUAAAUAGUCAUGGAAAUAAAGAAAACAUUGAAUGAGGAGAAGGUGUGUCCAAACUUUUGGCCUGUAGUGUAUGUAUACAUACAUAUAUACAUAUGUACAGUAUAUGUGCGUGUAUAUAUAUAUAUAUGUAUAUGUAUAUAUAUAUAUAUAUAUAUAUGUAUGUGUAUGUAUAUGUAUGUAUAUAUAUAUGUAUGUAUAUAUAUAUGUAUGUAUAUAUAUAUAUAUGUAUAUAUAUAUAUAUAUAUGUAUAUAUAUAUAUAUGUAUAUAUGUAUGUAUAUAUAUAUAUGUAUAUAUAUAUGUAUGUAUAUAUAUGUACACACACACACACACACUCACACACACAUUUGCAAUCAAAGUGAAUUUGGAGUCCCUUGGUCUGUUUUUCAAAAUAAAAAAAUAAAAUGUUGGUAUAUUUGUAUUCCACAGUGAGAUUGAACAUUGUAUAUAAUACAAUAUUAAACAUGAUUGUAUAUAAUACAAUAUUAUACAUGAUUGUAUAUAAUACAAUAUUAUACAUGAUUGUAUAUAAUACAAUAUUAUACAUGAUUGUAUAUAAUACAAUAUUAUACAUGAUUGUAUAUAAUACAAUAUCGUACAUGAGGUAUGUGGACAUUUAUCUUCUUGA